AUGGCCCGCCUCCUCCUCCUCUCCCUGGUCGUCGCCUUCGCGGGCGCCUUCGCGCCGUCCACGCUCGCGCCGCGCGCCGCCGCGCUCACCGUCGUCGACGGCCGCGGCGACAAGCGGACGAAGCGGGGUAAGGUCUACGCCGGCUCGAACGGCGUCUCGCGAUCGAAGCCGAAGAAGUCGGACGACCCCGUGGACCCGUACUUCUCGAUCCGCGAGUGGGGCAAGGCGCAGGACCCGCCCAUGAGCGUCGAGGAGGUCGUCGCGUCCAAGGUGGCGGACCUGAACAAGGUCGCCAUGACCCAGGAGGAGCUCAUCGACGCCCUGACGCCCUUCUAG